GUGGCUGGGCGGUGAGGGUCUGUGUCCGGCCGAAGGCGACGAGGCGGGGACGACAUGGAAGUGAAGGACGCCAAUUCUGCGCUGCUCAGUAACUACGAGGAAACAUUAAAAUACAUAUCAAAAACACCAUGUAGGCACCAGAGUCCUGAGAUUGUAAGAGAAUUUCUCACAGCAGUGAGGAACCACAAGUUGACCAAAGCUGAAAAGCUUCAGCUGCUGAAUCACUCAACAGCUAUGACUGCUGCUGAGAUCCGGCAGCUGGUGGAGGAGAGCGAAGAACGGAUGGCAGAGGAGCAGAUCGAAGCUCUGCUCCACACCGUCACCAGCAUCCUGCCUGCGGGGCCAGAGGCUGAGCCGAAGACAAAUACCAGCGAUGACGUGACAAUGGACGAAGAGGACCCGGCCUAGAAGAGCACAGUUGGCUCCAGGGUCUUGUGAAGUCGAAAGGCCCAGCAGCCAUUUCCCAGACAUUCAAAAGAUUAUUUAUUUGGUUUU